AUGCGCCCAAAGCCCUCGUCUUCCAUGCAGAAGACGUAUGAUGAGUGCUACCUGAUGUGUUCCACCGCGGUGUACUUUGAAGGACAGAACAACGAGGCCGAAGCCCUUCGCUCGUGGCGCUCCGCCCUGGAGACCAUCUACUAUCAUAAUGCAUACCGAGUCCCCGUCAACUACAAUCCCAAGUCCGAGACCGAAAAAGCCCUGCAGGGAUCCAUCCGCCAAUUGGAACUGCAAUGCAAGGAGCGAGUCGGCUUGCUCGAGGCUCUGCAGGAAAGCAGAAAGGAGUCGGAAGAGAAUGCCGAUGACAAUAGCAACAGCGGUAACAGCAAUAAGGACUCGAAGCAGCAACAGCAGCAACCCCCACAGCAGCAGGCUGCUACUUCCUCGCGGUCGAAGAAAUCAUUGUUCCUGGAGAGUUUCAAACGACCGAGCAACGGGGUGAACAACAGCAACAGCAGCAACAGUAACAGUAACAGCACUAGUACUCCCGGGUGGUUGGGAGAUGGCACUAUUCCGCCUGUCGACUAUAUGGAUCUGUCAAAGCCAAAGCCGCCGCCUCUGCCCGCGAGGUCCUCGACUGCCUCGUCCAAGACGCCCAUGCCUCCGCCGCCGCCGCCGCCGCAUCUGGAACGAAAGAACAGCGGUGAUGCUUCAUCAGCGCUGCCAAAGCCCUCUGCAUCGCCAGUUCCGGCCUCGAGUCCGCUCGCCAAAGAGUCGUCUCGUGGAUCGAGCCCCGAGCGCCGGAAGAUCAUGCUGACGACGCUCCGCCAAAAGAAAGACUCCAAGAAACCAGCAAAACCCAAGAGUUCGGCCUCUCGAACACGGCCGGCGGCUGCUUCAAAGGCUGCCGGUCUCGCGUGGGGAUCGACGUCACCGGCCGUCUCGACAGAUGGCCCAUCUGCCAACCCUCGCCACAGCACAUCUAGUGAUUCUGAGCUUCGCAGAGACAGUGAAACCAAGGGCCUGUCCAAGCACAAGACACGAAAGCCCUUGCCGCGUGAUUACAUACCCAGCGCGCACUGGAGAGAGCCGCAGAAUCCGGAUCCGUCUUACUGGUCAAUUCCACCUCCAAACAAUGUCCAGCCGGCCCCAAGUGACACUACGGUUCCGGCUGUACCUCCCAAGACUACUCCGGUUGACCAAACAGCCUCCAAACCCCCGGUAUCACGACAAAACAAACCGCUACUACCUCCAGAGUAUCCUAAAUACCGCAACGAAUAUCUCUCUCAUCCGCGUCCUGCUGCCAGACCUGCUAGUAACACGCCCAUGAAUCGAUCCUUUUCGGCAACAGACACGCAAGCUUUAGGUGCCGCAGAGAACGGCUCCCGUACACCAAAGAAAUCUAUUCCCAAAUCGCAUUCAACACCACGAAAACUAAACAUUGCCGCGAACAAUAGAACAUCGACCUCGUCUGGCAGCGGAGACGAACCUGCUCGCACUACUCGGCGGACGGGCGGCGCAAGUACUGCGCGUAGGCCUGCUGCUGGACGAAAACCAAAGGCUGCAGCUCCUCGAGUUACGCCGCCUUCGAGUGACCAGGAAGAUUCGGCUGGGGAAAAUUCGCCGGAGAAGGGAGAAGAUCAGUAUUCCCGGGAUAUCAUAAAGAAGCUCCCCAAGGGUAUCGAUGUGAAUGCAGCUCGACAGAUUCUGAACGAUAUUGUUGUCAGAGGCGAUGAAGUGCACUGGGACGACAUUGCCGGGCUGGAAACUGCGAAAAAGGCACUGAAGGAGGCGGUGGUGUAUCCAUUCCUACGGCCGGAUCUGUUCAUGGGCCUUCGGGAGCCGGCCAGGGGAAUGCUAUUAUUCGGACCGCCAGGCACGGGAAAGACGAUGCUCGCACGAGCAGUUGCAACGGAAUCCAAGUCGACCUUCUUUUCCGUGUCCGCGUCUAGCUUGACGUCAAAAUGGCACGGCGAGAGCGAGAAGCUUGUGCGAGCCUUGUUCGGGCUGGCCAAGACACUCGCGCCUUCUAUUAUAUUUGUUGACGAAAUCGACUCCCUGCUAUCGACGCGGUCCUCUGGCUCAGAGCACGAGGCGUCACGACGGUCCAAGACGGAGUUUUUGAUUCAAUGGUCGGACCUGCAGCGAGCAGCAGCGGGGCGAGAAGUGGACAAAAAGGAGGGCGAUGCCAGCCGCGUGCUGGUCCUGGCAGCCACCAAUCUCCCCUGGGAUAUCGACGAGGCCGCGCGACGCCGGUUUGUGCGUCGACAGUAUAUUCCCUUGCCAGAGAACCAUGUUCGCGGGCAGCAGCUCCGUAGACUUCUCGGCCAUCAAAUUCAUGAAAUGUCGGACGAAGAUAUCGAAGUGCUAGUCCGGGUGACCGAAGGCUUCUCCGGCUCCGAUAUCACCGCACUCGCCAAAGACGCCGCAAUGGGCCCAUUACGCAACCUGGGCGAGGCUCUUUUGCACACCCCGAUGGACCAAAUUCGAGCAAUACGGUUUGAAGAUUUCGAGGCCAGUCUGUUUACCAUUCGGCCGAGUGUCGGCCAGGAUGGCCUAAAGAAGUAUGAGGAUUGGGCAAAGGAGUAUGGCGAACGGGGAGGUUGA